AUGUCGCGCGACCUAUUCGGCGAAUUUGGGGAUUUCCAGAGUGGAGGUACCACUACAGGAGGUGGGAGUACAACAACCAACAACGCAUUUUCAACAGCAUCGUCUUAUGCUACACAACCGAAUACAAGUGGGAAUUCGAACUUCGACGAUUUAUUGGGAUUGUUUAAUUCUCCAGCACCACCAUCAUCAUCAUUAUCUUCUACUACAACUUAUCCCCCCUCUUCUCAAGUUAAUAAUAUUAAUAAUAAUAACAAACCCCUCCAUUCGAAUUUCCAAUCGACUACUUCGGAAGCAAUCGUUUCCAAUCAAAGCUUCACAAAUACCCACAAUUCCAAUUCCAAUUAUAAUUAUAAUUCUAAUUAUAAUUCUAACCCUACUUCGACAACAUUAUUCACCACCUCCCCAAAUCAAAACCCCAUUUUCGAUAAUGACGACGACGAUGACUUCGGAGACUUCGCGGUAGAACCUUUACCAAGUACAAACCCAACCUUCGGACCUCUCUCAAACAACUCCCCUCCUCAAAAGCCUUCCAUCCCCACAAUCCACCACCCCCAACCCCACCAUCACCACCUUCAAGAACAAAAUAAAACCAACGAUGAUAAUAAUAACAACAACGACGACGACGACUUCGGAACCUUCAUCUCAACCCCCCGAAUCCCCACUCCACCACCAACAUUCUCCCUCUCCUCCACAAUCACAAACACAAACUACCUCCACCCCCUCCACCCGCCACCAGCACUGCACACCCUCCUACCCCUCCUAACAACCCAAUUACUAUCCCCAUCCCCCUUCCUAACACGUCUAAAACCCCUUUCCUACCCCGCAAAGCAAAGGUUAUUGACAUCAAUCAAGGUUAAGACGUUUUUUAUAUCAAUCGUCAUGGUAUCGCAUGUUGUUGGUAGAAUCAUUGCUGGGAGGAAGGUUAGAGGUCGAAGGAGUUAUAAAGGAAAGGGUAUUGAGAGUAAUGGUAGUAGCAGUAAUAAUAAAAAAAACGAGGGAUUAAAAGAUGAAAGAGAAGUAGGAGAGUGUGUAAGGGAAUAUAACGAGAUAGUGGGUAGUUUGAGAGCGGUGGUUAGAGGGAUGGGAGUUGUGGUUGUGGAAUUGAGUGGUGAGAUGAGUAUUUCAUCCCCUAGUACUUCGACUUUAUCAUCGGGGAAUAAGAAAGGGAAGAAAGGAGGUAGUGGUAAUACUACUACUACCGGUAUAACGGAAUUCUGCUGGUUAUGUGGAUUAUCACCGGUGGAUAAGGUGGUCAAGUUAAAAGAAGAUGAAAGUAUAGAAGUUGGGAAGGAUAUUGAUGGUGGAGAGAGGUGGGUUAGUGGAUGGGGACAUCGUGGGUGUAGGAAUUGGUGGGGGGAGUGUGGUGGUCGGUUUGGAAAUUAA